CGCGGCUUUGCCACGACGCAAGCUUGACGCAGAAGCAUGGAGAACGCUGUUUUGUAGAAGACAACAAACGGGAAAAGAGAAAAUUCACCAAACAGAUAAAGAAAAGAAACCAACCAAAUUGAACAAUGGCAGAUACGAGCAUCUUGUGUGAAAGGAUUCAUUAUAGGCAUGACCAUAAAUGGACAGCAGUUGUUGAAAUGUCCGGCAAUUCUUGUCUUCUGUGCACAGCCUGUGUUGUGGAGAUGCUCGAGGACCAAACACUCUCGAUUGUAAGAAAGAAACACAUUCUUUCAUGUUUUGGAAAUCUCACAUCACGCUUUGCCGCUGUUGUAGUGGACCUCCUCAUGCAAGAUGAGCGUGUGUAUGCACAUUUUUUAGGAACACUGUUAGGAAUGCUGCAGAUGACUGAAGAUGCUGCUAUGCUAGAGCGGAUUAUUCAAGUUCUCUUGCAGCUUAUUGUGGAGGUAAAGUCAGAGGGAUUUAUAAAAUGCAUUCUGGAGGAGUGUGAAAAGCAGAUCACCAACAACAGUAAUAAAAGGUCUUGCUUGCCCACAUUUACUUUUCUUGGUAAACUCCUGGAUCUUGUUCCAGCCUUGGUGGAGCCAUUGUCAUUACAUUGUGGAUCCCUGAUUGAACAGCUGAAUUCUGCACUGUUGUUUCCUGAUGAAAAUCUAAAGACUGCUGUGUGUUAUAUAUAUGCUCACCUGUACAGUUCUCCUGUUGCUGCUGAAAAGCAAUCUGUAAUCUGCCAGGAACAACUUUGUGGGCUUCUGCUUUCCACACUUGACAAUGCCCAGACAAGGGAGCUGCAAGUCAACUGUAUAGGUUGCCUGAAACAACUGCUAAAAUACAGUCAUCUUGUGUCAGUGAUGAUGAAUCCCUGUAUUGGAGAUGAUAAUUCAGAUAAUACACAGCUUUUCCAAUGCAAUAACUCCUUACCAUUAAUAUUGAAGAAAGUGCUGCUCAGUAGGGAUGAAACACUGCAGAUUGCUAGCUCCCAGUGCAUAGCAUCUAUAUUGGUUCAUUCUCCUCAGCUGUAUGCACGGUUGGUCAUUCAUGCUAAUAUACCAGAGUUCCUGUUUGAGCGUCUAUGCAGCACCAGUGAUGUUUUAUUGUGGUCCAUAUACAGCUGCCUGCUGCUUUUGGUUGAAGAGAGCCUAUUCUUCUCAAAGUGCAAUGCUGUCUAUGGAAUUGAGUCCUUGGUGCGUAGCUUAAAGGAAGUUUUAAGGCAUAACAAUCAAGAUGCACAGAAACAGGGGAUCCUUCUUUUUACUGAAAUAUUGAAAAGACAGCCAGUCAAUAUCAAGCUUUUCUCUACAACUUCUGUUUUCAAGGAUGCAAUUCAGGCUCUUCAAGAUGGCAUCAAUGACCCAAGUCUGGAGGUUGCAACAGAAGCAGCCUGUACCAUUGUAGCCUUGUACAGGUUAUUUCCUAGGGUUUCAUUUUAAUUGCCAUUGUAAUAUUA